AUGCCAGUGAAGAAGGAGAUAGCAGAAGAAGAAUUUGAUGAUUUCCUGCAAGAGUAUUUGCUCAACACAGACAUGGAGGAAAGCCCCGGACUGGGACAUGGCUGUAAGAUGGAUACAUCACCAAUCAAAGAGUCACCAAUGGAAAUGAAAGUGGAAGAAGAAUCUGAUCUCAGAGAAUAUGGUCACCACGGAUCUUCUCCUACAAGUAAUCUCAAGACCCAUAUGAUGAUCCAUACUGAAGUUAAGCCAUAUCAGUGUUCAGAUUGUGGAAAUACUUUUACUCAGGCAGCUCAUCUCAAAAGACAUCAGAUGAUCCAUACUGGAGAAAAGCCAUAUCAGUGUUCAGAUUGUGGAAAUACUUUUAUUUCAGGAACUGAUCUGAAGAGGCACCAGAGGAUCCAUACUGGGGAAAAGUUUCAUCACUGUUCAGAUUGUGGAAAGACUUUUGCUCAUGCAGCUUAUCUUAAAACACAUCUGAUGAUCCAUACUGGAGAAAAGCCAUAUCAGUGUGCUACAUGUGGGAAGGGUUUCAUAACCAAGAGAGGGCUUACUCUCCAUCAGAUGAUCCAUACUGGAGAAAAGCCAUAUCAGUGUUCAGAUUGUGGAAAGACUUUUGCUCACUCAGUUCAUCUUAAGAGACAUCUGAUGAUCCAUACUGGGGAAAAGCCAUAUCAUUGUUCUACAUGUUUGAAACGUUUCAGAACCAGCAAAGAUCGCACUGUCCAUCAGAGAACACAUACGGGAGAAAAGCCAUAUCAUUGUUCAGAUUGUGGAAAGACUUUUACCCGGGCAGAUCAUUUGAAGACACAUCAGAGAACACAUACUGGAGUGAAGCCAUAUCAUUGUUCACAUUGUGGAAAGACUUUUACUCAGAGCAGGUCUGAUCUCAACCCACAUCAGAGAACACCUACUGGAGUAAAGCCAUAUCAUUGUUCAGAUUGUGGAAAGAGUUUUACUCGGGCACAUCAUUUGAAGACACAUCUGAUGAUCCAUACUGGAGAAAAGCCAUAUCAGUGUUCAGAUUGUGGAAAGAGUUUUACUAAGGCAAGUAAUCUCAAGAUACAUCAGAUGAUCCAUACUGGAGAAAAGCCAUAUCAUUGUUCAGAUUGUGGAAAGACUUUUGCUCAGACAGGUGAUCUCAAGAAACAUCAGAUGAUCCAUACUGGAGUAAAGCCAUAUCAGUGUUCAGAUUGUGGAAAGACUUUUACUCGGGCAAAUAGUCUGAAGACACAUCAGAUGAUCCAUACUGGGGAGAAGCCAUAUCAUUGUUCAGAUUGUGGAAAGAGUUUUGCUCAGACAGGUAAUCUCAAGAUACAUCAAAAAACACAUUCUGGAGUGAAGCCAUAUCAGUGUUCAGAUUGUGGAAAGAGUUUUAAUCAGGCAUGUUAUCUGAAGACACACCAGAGGAUCCAUACUGGUGAGAUGCCAUAUCAUUGUUCAGAUUGUGGAAAGACUUUUCCUCAGGCACGUACUCUGAAGAUACAUCAGAUGAUCCAUACUGGAGAAAAGCCAUAUCAGUGUGCUACAUGUGGAAAGGGUUUCAAAACCAGUGGAGAGCUUACUGUCCAUCAGAGAACACAUUCUAAAGUAAAGCCAUAUGAGUGCUCAGAUUGUGGAAAGACUUUUUCUAAUGUGAGUAAUCUGAAGACACACCAGAGGAUUCAUACUGGACAAAAGCCAUAUCAGUGUUCAGAUUGUGGAAAGACUUUUACUCAGGCAGGUCAUCUCAAAACACAUCAGAUGAUCCAUACUGGACAAAAGCCAUAUCAGUUAAAGCCAUAUCAGUGUUCAGAUUGUGGAAAGACUUUUGCUCAGGCAGGUCAUUUUAAGACACAUCUGAUGAUCCAUACUGGGGAAAAGCCAUAUCAGUGUGCUACAUUUCACACCUUACUUCCCACCCCCCUCUACUCUGUUGUCCAAUUACCUUUCAGUUCACACCUCCUUUGUGGAGAUUCUGCAGAACCAUCACAAGACUUAAUGCCAGUGAAGAAGGAGAUAGCAGAAGAAGAAUUUGAUGAUUUCCUGCAAGAGUAUUUGCUCAACACAGACAUGGAGGAAAGCCCCGGACUGGGACAUGGCUGUAAGAUGGAUACAUCACCAAUCAAAGAGUCACCAAUGGAAAUGAAAGUGGAAGAAGAAUCUGAUCUCAGAGAAUAUGGUCACCACGGAUCUUCUCCUACAAGUAAGUAG